AUUACUUUCCCGCCCUCCACAACCCAGCUAAUACCAACAUAUAAUCGCUACUAUUAUCUGUGUCAACAAACCAAGCUUUAGAACUACGUAGACUGAAUGGAUUUAAUUUCCUUUUAAACUACCCGGCUAUUGAUUCCAAUUGGUUGGCGGCGAACUUCAAAGGGACGGCAAACUUACGCGAUUGGCGGGCGGUAAUUCCAAAGAGGUUUCAGUAUGGGAUAGAAAUCGGAAUCUUCUCAAGAAAAACGUUAACUUUAUAAAGAACUUUAACAGUGGAGGGUGGAGAUCUGUGUGCGACUUAACACUUCUCAGUCAAUGUAUCAUACUUGACGGAUAUUACUAGCAGUACGCAGGAGUGUUCACAGAGAUUUUUACGUAAGGCGACAAAAAACGAGUCUAGUUGGAAGUACUGUAUAGCUCCUUCUGUAGGACCACCGUCGUAGAUCGGAUGUUUAAACUAAGAUAUCUGGCGGUCUGUAACUACUCGAAACCAACAUGGCAACAGCUAUAGCCGCUCCACGUCCUUUACACUUUCACCAGCACACAACCAUGGCGGGUAUGAAUAUGAAGAUGUCGAUGAGAAAUGUCCCCGAAGUUACUCCUGGUAAUUUUCUUAGAUUAUGUGCACCGGAAGUGCACAGACCAACACCUAGCCUUCCCCAUCCCACAUGGCGACCAUCACCGGAAGUACAUAUUCAAGAAAUUAUGUCAUCGUCAUUACGUACGCCUCUGCAUCCGCUACAGCACAUGCGCCAACAACAGGAACUAGCUAUGCAAGCCAGACAGCAAGAGCAGUUACAAUGUGAACAGUUUAACUUUGAACUUCACCAAGCUCGUCUUAUUCAGCAAAAUGUCUUAGCAACUGGAAGACAGUUUUUACCCACACCUUCGACAAUGUCGAUACCCCCCUCCAUGGGAAAUUCCCCAAUAUCACCUCCAGUGACUUUGGUGCAACAGCAAUGUAACACUCCGAAGCAAUUGUCCCCAGCACCGGCAGCUGAGGCGGACAUUCCUUGGUGGAGUGUACAAACUAGCGCUACACCGGUUCCGCCGGAUGUUAAACCAGAAAUUCACUCCCACUUCCUAUACGCGCAGCAGGCAGGGGGCGUGGCCGAUCUUCAGUACCACGCCCACAUCGCCUCUGUUAUGCAUGGAAUGAAGUCAGCAAUAACCCCGACUCGACGGUGCAGGCGUUGCAGAUGUCCCAAUUGUCAAAAUUCGAAAAACUCUGACAAUCCCGCUAAAAAGAAACAACACAUUUGUCACAUUCCGGGUUGUGGAAAAGUGUACGGGAAAACAUCGCAUUUGAAAGCUCACCUCCGCUGGCAUUCUGGGGAGAGGCCAUUUGUAUGUAAUUGGUUGUUCUGUGGAAAAAGUUUCACGCGAUCCGACGAACUACAGCGUCAUCUUCGAACGCACACGGGAGAAAAAAGGUUUGGCUGCCCGGAGUGUGGAAAGCGAUUCAUGCGCAGUGAUCAUUUGAGCAAACACGUAAAAACACACGAAAACAAAAAGUUAAAACAAACAUCAGUCGAUUCAGGCGAGGAUGCGUGCACUAUCGAUAGUGACGAUGAAGAUAUUGAUGUGGAUGGCCUGGACGAUGAUUCUGACGUCAUGGAUGAAAAUAUCGAUAUAUCUUGCGACUAUCCUCCGAACUGACCUUCUAAGGGAGAUUAUUAGAACUGUGAUAUUCGUUUAAGUGCUUUCAUUACUUUUUUCUUCUUUCAGUAAUUCUGUAUGUUUAUAAGAUCUCUAAUCAUUCAAAAUGUGCAUGCGUAUUUAGAUGACUGUAGUGACUUUAUUUUAACGUGAUUACUUAUUAAGUGCAUGACACCGUUAUAGUGCUGGAAGAUUUUACUAGAAGACAAAUUUACAAGUUCAGAGAAUUUUGUGCUUUAAAAAUAAUCGUUUUCAUUUUAAAGGGUUGUGUGGUAUUUAUAUAUACAAAUGUGUGAGUAUGCAGUCGCCAUUCGUUGUAACGAUCUGAAAUACCUUGAAUUUCGCAGCCAUUUGUUGUUAAACAUUAUAACUCGGAUAACUCGAAGUAUCUCAACAUUUAUCUGGAAUAACUAUAGGUACCUUUUAUCUCAGAUAUCUGUAGUAUACUGUUAUCUCAGAUAUCUGUAGUAUCUUUUUAUCUCAGAUAUCUGAAAUAUCCAUUUAUCUCAGAUAUCUGUUAUCUUUUAUCUCAGAUAUCUGUAGUAUACGUUUAUCUUGGAUAUCUGUAGUAUACUUCUAUCUAAGAUAUUUGUAGUAUCCUUUUAUCUCAGAUAUCUGUAGUAUACGUUUAUCUCAGAUAUCUGUAGUAUCCUUUUAUCUCAGAUAUCUGUAGUAUACAGUUAUCUCAGAUGUCUAUAGUAACCUUUUAGCUCAGAUAUCUGUAGUAUACUUUUAUCUCAGAUAUCUGUAGUAUCCUUUUAUCUCGGAUAUCUGAAAUAUUGAUUUAUCUCCGAUAUCUGUAGUAUCCUUUUAUCUCAGAUAUUUGUAGUAUAUUGUUAUCUCAGAUAUCUGUAGUAUUCUGUUAUCUCAGAUAUCUGUAGUAUACUGUUAUCUCAGAUAUCUGUAGUAUCCUUUUUCUUGGAUAUCUGUAGUAAGUUUUGUCCCAGAUAUCUGUAGUAAGUUUUAUCUCAGAUAUCUGUAGUAUACGUUUAUCUUGGAUAUCUGUAGUAACUUUUAUCCAUGAUAUCUGUAGUAUACUGUUAUUUCAGAUAUCUGUAGUAUACUGUUAUUUCAGAUAUCUGCAGUAUCCUUUUAUCUCAGAUAUCUGUAGUAAGUUUUAUCUCAGAUAUCUGUAGUAUACGUUUAUCUUGGAUAUCUGUAGUAACUUUUAUCCAUGAUAUCUGUAGUAUACUGUUAUUUUAGAUAUCUGUAGUAUACUGUUAUUUCAGAUAUCUGUAGUAUCCUUUUAUCUCAGAUAUUUGUAGUAUAUUGUUAUCUCAGAUAUCUGUAGUAUUCUGUUAUCUCAGAUAUCUGUAGUAUACUGUUAUCUCAGAUAUCUGUAGUAUCCUUUUUCUUGGAUAUCUGUAGUAAGUUUUGUCCCAGAU